AUGCUAUUAGGUGAUGAACUUAUUAGUAUUGAUCAUCUUAUUCAACUAAUUGAAUCUUCAUCAAAAAUGAACCACAAUUUAGUCAAUCGAAACAACAGCAAUAAUACAAAUACCAAUUUUCUAUUGCCACGUCAUCACAAACUAUCAAAAACAAUUGAUUCUAAACAAAUAUCGUCUUUAUCAUUUUCUACUGUAUCACUUUCACUUGAAGCGAUCGAGAAUACUAUUUUACGUGCAUAUUCCGAUGUAUGUAGUCUAGUAGUUGAUAUGAAUAUCUGUCAACAAGAUCAAGUUUUACCACUAGAAAAGAUGUCUAGAUUAGCUAAUCUUCAACUUAUGAAAUCACGAAUAGUCGAUUAUUCUUGUCCUGAUAAAUAUGAUUCGGAUUUCGAUUCAGAUUCAGACGAUAGCAAUUCUGAAGGAGAUGACGAAAUCACCGCAAAUGAUGCUGAUGAUGAAGACUCAUUCGACGAUGACAACGACCUGUCUGAUAAUCUCGUCAACAUUAGCGCUUCGACGUUCCACGGAAUGCGAGUUUUCGAUUGGAUUAAUCCGACCUUAGCUAAAUCAUACUUUAUUGUUAAUAUCAAUGGUACAAAAAAAUAUUUACAUAAACAAACAGCUGCUUGGCUUCUUUCAAAGGAUAAGCCUACUUUGUCUUCUGACCGUUUAAAACGUGUUAUGACUAAUAAUAAAUAA